GGAAAUGAUCACAGGCAGCUCUUCAUACCAGCCAUACAAUUUUUUUCCCACAUCGGAUUGUAAGAUCUUCGGUCCCUUAUUAUUUUCCAUGCUGUAACGGCGCAGGAUGGACGCGGUGCGGCGGUGUCUGUUACCUGGGCUCCUCCCGAUUCUCUACAUUCAGGUCGUGCUUGGUAACGGCUGCGCCGAAUCCCGGAGAGGCUGCUGCGUCCUGUGUAACCCCGGUUAUUUACUGUCUAAACCGUGUGGAACGUGUAUUUCGUGUCCUGUCACAGGCUACACAGACAAGCCGAAUGAUAAGCCGUUCUGUCAGCACUGCCGCCGCUGUGAAGGAAUAUUCCUCUAUGUAGAGAGGUGCACACCCACGAGGAACGCCGCGUGUACAUGUCGGUCGGGGAUGAAGUGCGCAGACGAAAAGUGUUCACAGUGCGAAAGUGACCGCUGUACUGCUGGGGAGCAACUGGUGGAAGAAAAAUGUACGACGUGCCCCCCGGGGACCUUCAACACCGGAGCCGAACACGUCUGUAAACCAUGGACAGACUGCUCGGCCCUUGGAGGAAUCAUCAUCAGUAAUGGCAGCCGGACGUCAGACGUGGUCUGUGGUGGACGCCUCGCCAUGGUCACACGGUCACCGAGACCACCCACCACCACCGCCACCACAGAGGUCAGACUGGAGGUGGCGCCUGUGGACCGUAACCUGCACGUUGUCUACAUCGUGGUCUCCGCCGCCGCCCUCCUGGCGCUCCUGGUCAUUUGCGUUUUGUGCCGCCAAGAACUGACGACAAAAGUCAAACAGGUUUUCCAGACAAUCAAACAGACGGAAGAGGAAGAAAGCUGCGACUGCCACUCCCCGGUGCAGGAAGGCGGCGGAGAGGACGAGCCCAUGACCCUGCAGGCCUGACACAUCUUCUGUGGAUCCAGAUUCUUCC